AAAUAUAAUGACAAUUUAAGAGCUAAUAACGCACACCUUUCAAAGCCUCGCUACUCGGCAAACAGAUAACGGAUAUCGUACAAUGCGUAUCUAUCGCGAGCUGAUUAUGUGACCGAUAGUAAACUAUAAGCAAAUCAGUAAAAUCAAACUAUUAACAUGAAACUUUCAAAAGUAGUGGUCCUUGUAUUUCUUGUUCCUGUUAUCAUAGGAAUCAAAGAAGAUAAGAAGUACUGGCUCGAAGUCGCCGAGAAGGAGCUAAAGGACUCGCUUUCUUACGCAUGGAACACAAACAAAGCCAAAAACAUUGUUCUGUUCGUUGGGGAUGGCAUGAGCUCCGAUACAAUAACGGCCAGUCGAAUUUACCGAAGUGGCGAGGACAGUUAUCUCGCAUGGGAAAGAUUUCCUCACAUCGGUUUGCUGAAGACGUACAAUGUCGAUAAGCAGGCACCGGAUUCCGCUUCGGCUGCGACCGCAUUAUUUUGCGGCGUCAAGGCGAAAUACAACACCCACGGGGUUGAUGCGAACGUAGCGUUGAACGAUUGCGAAGCGAGUGUACCUACCGACAAUCGAGUCGACUCCAUCAUAAAUUGGGCUCAAGCCGCCGGCAAAAGCACAGGAUUUGUCACAACUACACGAGUGACUCAUGCGACGCCUGCUCCAUUAUACGCACAUGGCCCAAAUAGAAAGUGGGAAUGCGAGAGCACAAUGCCAAUCGAAGAAAGUAAUUGCAAGGAUAUAGCUAGGCAAUUGAUUGAAAAUGAGCCUGGCAAAAAUAUCAAAGUAAUAAUGGGUGGUGGUAGACAAAUGCUACAAACUGUCGUUAACACCACGGAAAGCGAUCCCAUUGACACAUGGGCCGGUCGCCGACGUGAUGGGCGUAAUUUAAUUAGCGAUUGGAUGGCGGAUAAAAAAAGCAGAAAGGCGUCGUUUAGCGUAGUACAAAAUAAUGAGGAGCUCGCCGAGAUUAAUUACGAUAAGAUAGACUUUCUACUGGGUAUAUUCGCAAACGGACACAUUCCCAUGGAUUACAAGAGGGAUAAUGGAACAAACGGUCAGCCGAGUUUGGAGGAGAUGACAGUCGCUGCACUUAAGAUAUUGAAAAAAUCCAAUAACGGAUUUCUUCUCGUGGUCGAAGGUGGCUUGAUCGACUUUGCGCACCAUCGGGGCCACGCUGCUCAAGCUCUUCUCGAGACCGUUCGUUUUUCGGAUGCAAUAAAUGCCACUUUGGGAAUGAUCAACGCGGAAGAAACGCUAGUGAUUGUCACUAGCGAUCAUACACACUCGUUGGCUUUCAACGGGAACAGCCGUCGUGGGUCUGACAUUCUAGGAAUAGCCGAGGACUCAAAAUUCGACAAAAUCCCGUACACUACAUUGAGUUACAGCACCGGUGGACCGAACAAUUUAGCUUACGAAGUCUCUAAUAACAAAUCCGUAAGAAAAAAUCCAAACGAGAACGAUACUACGCAAUUCACUUACAGUCAACAAGCUGCAAUUAUCACCGACGAGGCUCAUCACGGCGGUGGCGAUGUUGCUGUUUAUGCACUUGGACCGUACGCACAUUUGCUUCACACAACGCACGAGCAGAACUUCGUACCUUACGUUGUCGCCUACGCCGCCAAAAUUGGUCCAUACGCUAAUUCCUCCUCUACGAGCAAUAAGUGGAGUCUAAUUUUUAUAGGAAACUUUCUCGUUUUAUUUACAAUCUUCUAUACUGCUAUCUAAAAUUAAAA